UCCAUUGUUAACAGUAAGAAAAAGCGUGAAAAGAAAUUUUCUGUUUUAAAUAAUUUUUCUUAUUAUUAGGUAGCAAAAGAUGAUCAAAUGGAAUCUAUUCGACAAUCACGACCUGAAGAAAAAAGUUAUACCGGUUAUCAUACAGUUCAUAAUUUAGAAAUCCCAAAUUUAUCAAUAACAACAUUUGCUGGUCCAUAUUUACAAAUCGAAAGUACACCACUGGAAUUAUUUAACAAAGGUCGACAAACAGCAUUGAACUAA